UGCGUAGACAGACAGAUUAACAGACGUAUAGACAGACAUGCUUAGGUACUUUACAAAUUUGAAACGGGCCAAGAAUUUUUAUACUUUAUGGAGGCUUUUAAGCUCGUUGCUGAGUCUUUUUCAAUUUUUCAUUCCCUUCCCAGUUUGUUUAUUAGAAAAACACAAGAAAUUUGAACUUUUUGUGGCAUCAAUAGCACCUCCACUUCGUCCUUGGUAAAUUUUUCCAAUUAUGUACAGGUGCUACGCCAUCGCCCAUUGAAAAUGCGUUCAAAGUUUGUACAUUUAUCAGAAAAGAGAAGUGUUCCCAGUUUACGUAACGCUGCGGGUAUGUCCUUCGAUCGAUUUGGCCCAUUUUCAAUAAAAUGCUGCAUGCUUGAACUUCCAAUGUUUCUGCCAAAUUUGAAGUCGACAGUUUCAUUUUUGCAGCCAAGAGAAUGUUUGCACCGGACAUUGCACACACGGACAAACGGACGUGCCUAAAUCGAUUUAGAAUUUGAUGCUGAUCAAGAUGCCGAUAUAUAUACUUUAUGGUGACCCUGAUGCUUUCUCCUUGGCGUUGUAAACGUUUUGAUCAAAUGGAUAUACCUCUUAUCCUUCAUUGAUUUUUCGGCAUAGUCAUAAGAAUGGAGACAAUACAUAAUCGAUUUUUUUUUCCUUAAUAUGACCAAACACUCAAGAGAUUUCCCUUAUUCGUUUAAGAGGGUAACGACUCAAAACAAGCGACGAAAGGGGGAGACAUGCGACGAUUUCAUUAUGUUUUAGGUUCAACAAUCAAAUCUACAAAAGAGACGGUAGAAAAUAUGUGUUAGUAAAUUUGUCUACAUUCCUAGUGAAAAAAACAUUUGUUAUUUAUCGGCCUAACACUCUCAGAAACUCCUACAAUGCGGAUAUACGUCUAUCUUAUAUAAGCAAUUUUUUAUUUAUUUUAUUACCGCCAAUAUUAAUGUGUCUAUUCAAAGACUAUGGUCGUUUCGUAACACCCGGCAUACAUUUAGUAUGGACUUUAUUGAUUAUAGUGGGCCUCAGCUCCAUGUACUUUCAUGCAACCUUAAGUCUGUUGGGGCAAUUGCUUGAUGAGCUCGCGAUUCUAUGGGUCUUUAUGGCUGCUUAUUCGCUAUUUUGCCCUAAACGUUAUUAUCCUAAGUUUUGUAAUAAAAACAGGCGGGUAUUUAGUAUUUUAAUGUUUAUUUCUGCUGUAACGGCAACAGGACUUUCUCUCUGGAAACCUAUCGUCAAUGCUUUUGUCUUGAUGGCUAUGGGCGUGCCAACCAUGUAUAUGUUAUAUAAGGAAUUAAAAAGAGUACGAGAUCAGCGAGUCUAUCGCCUAGGAUUAAGAUCAACUGCUGUAUGGUUAAUAGCAGUAUUUUGCUGGAUUAACGAUCGAAUGUUUUGCGAUGUCUGGUCAGCGAUUAGUUUUCCAUAUUUACAUGGAUUUUGGCAUGUGUUCAUUUUUAUUGCAUCGUAUACGGUGCUAGUAGUUUACGCUUAUUUCUACGUAGAGAAUGAAUUGCCUCAGCGUCAGCCGCUAUUGAAAUAUUGGCCAGUUGAUGAAUUUGAGUUUGGCAUACCUUUUAUAAGUAUACAAAAUCCGGGAGCACAUUACAAAAGUGAUAUUUAAGAAGUGAGAAAUUUUUUACUUUAAAAAAUGUCCUUCAAGUGAUAAGUUAACGAAAUUAAUAUUUCAGGAGUUAGAAUUUAAAAGAAAAUAGUAGUCAACAUACUUAGGGACCUCUUGAUAUAUAUUUUAAGUUGAAAGACAUACUUUAUUGUUAUUUAGUCAAAAAUGCAAAUUUAUAUUUAGUAAUUUU